AUGAAGUAUUUACAAAAUGUAAUAUUAACAGAUCAAGAAUUUUAUAAAUGUAAAAUUAAUUUACCAUUAAAUGUUGAAAAGUUAGCAUUUAAAAAUUUUAAUCAAGAGAUUGGUUCAGGUUGGUUAGAUGGUAAUGAAAAAUUAACUCAUUUAGAUCUUGGUAAAAGUUACAAUCAUCCUUUGAAAAUUGGUGAUAUUCCAAAUGGAAUUACAAAUUUAACACUAAGUUAUAAUUUCGAUUUCCAAAUUCAACCAUUUGCAAUACCAUCAAGUGUAACAUCCAUUACAUUUGGUAAUCGUUGGAAUCAACAAUUAAUUAAAGAUAGUUUACCAAAAUCUUUAAAAUCUUUAAAAUUUGGUUCUUGUUUUAAUAAUAAAGGUAAUCCAAUUGAUUUUUCAAUAUUUCCAAAAUCAAUUGAAUCUAUUAUUUUUGGUAAAGAUUUUCAACAAUUAAUUGAACCAAAUUCAUUUGAAACUUUUUUACCAAAUUUAGUAAAAUUAGAAUUUAAUUCAGAAUAUAAAAAAAAAUUAAAAUUAAAUUCAAUUCCAAAAACUGUAAAAGAAUUAUUCUUAGGUUAUAAUAAUAAUUUUAAUAAUAAUAAUAAUAAUAAUGAUGAAUCAAUAUUUAAAUGUAUACCAAAUAGUGUUACAAAAUUAACAUUGGGUGAUUAUUUAAGUAAUCCAAUUGAAGCAUAUGAUUUACCAGAUUCAAUUACAGAUUUAUCAUUGGGUUUAAAUAAUUCAAUUAAUGUUGGAUCAAUACCAAACUCAGUGAAAUCAUUGGAAUUCUUUAGUUAUAAUAGGUCAACACCAGAUGGUACAUUACCAAAUUCAUUGGUUAAACUUAAAUUUAGUCAAGAUUUUAAUCAAGAAUUAUCAUAUGGAUUAUUUAAAAAUUGUUAUGAAAGUUUAACAAGUUUAGAUUUAGGUUACCUUUUCAAACGUUUUAAAUCUGGUGUUUUACCAAAGAAUUUAAAAGAAUUAAAAUUUAAUCGUCUUUUUAAUCCAGAUUAUUUAGACCCAAAUUCAAUACCAGAUUCAGUUGAAACUUUACAAAUUAUGCCAAAUUUUAAAUUAAAUCAAAAUAAUAAUAAUAAUAUACCAAAAUCUUUAAAAAAUUUAAUUUUAAUUAAUUUUAAUUGUGUAAUUCCAAAAGAUUAUUUUAAAAAUUCAAAUGUUUUAUGGAAUCAAUUAAAAUCAUUAGACCUUAGUGAAUCAUCAUUCAAUUCGGUCAUUCAUGAAGGUUGUUUACCUUUAAAUUUAGAAAUUUUAAAAUUUAGUUCAGAAUUUAAUCAAAAUUUAACAUUGGAAAUGUUACCACCAAAUCUUAAAACUCUUCAAUUAGGUUCAAAUUUUAAUAAAAUAAUUAAUAGAGAUAAUAUGCCUGAAUCAUUAACAACUCUAUGGGUUUUAGGUUGUCCAAAAUUAACCCAUGAUCAAUUACCAAUUAAUUUAAUUUCAAUUUUCACUUAUAAUACUAAUAAAGAAUUUUUAAAUUCUUUAGAUUAUGAUUAUUUUUGGUAUUUUUUAAAAAUUAUAAAAAAAUAUUAUUGGUAA